AUGACAAUCCAGCUCAUAGACACCCAAGGUGUCCGCGUCGCAAUUGAAGGCUGCGGCCAUGGCCAACUACACGCCAUCUACGCUUCAAUUGACGAGUCCUGCAAAGCGCGAGGCUGGGACGGCGUCGACGUCGUCCUCAUUGGCGGCGACUUCCAAGCCGUGCGCAACGCCGCGGACCUAAACUCCAUGGCCGUGCCCGUCAAGUACCGAGAGCUCGGCGACUUCCCCGAGUAUUAUAGCGGCCGCAGCAAGGCGCCCUACCUAACGCUUUUCAUCGGCGGGAACCACGAGGCCGCUUCGCACCUCUGGGAGCUGUACUACGGGGGCUGGGUGGCGCCUAAUAUCUUCUACCUGGGCCCGGCGAACGUCUUGCGUGUGGGCCCGCUGAGGAUCGCGGGCAUGACUGGUAUCUGGAAGGGAUUUGAUUACAAGAAGACGCAUCAUGAGAGGUUGCCGUUUAGUGGGGAUGACGUGAGGUCGUUUUACCAUGUGCGCGAGGUUGAUGUGCGGAAAUUGCUACUGUUGAGAACGCAGGUUGAUAUUGGUAUGAGCCAUGACUGGCCGAGACUUAUCGAGAGACAUGGUGAUGAGAAGAGGCUGUUUAGGAUGAAGCGGGACUUUGAGAAGGAGUCGUAUGAUGGGACUCUUGGGAACCCGGCGGCUACGUACGUGCUGGAUCGGUUAAGACCUCCGUACUGGUUCUCGGCGCAUAUGCACUGCAAGUUUUCCGCGCUCAAGAGGUUUCCUCCGCCGAGCGGUGGGCAGGUGGAUGAUGCUCCAAGUGCAGAGACUCCAGCAGAGCCGGUCACUCCGGCGCCGGCUCUAGUGCAGGCUGCCGAACCGCAAGCGAACCCCGACGAGAUCGACCUCGAUAUGGAUGAUGACGCUGCCCUAGCCGCUCCGUCUACGGAAGAGGCUGCUGCAACUACAACGACGGAGGCAACUUCUUCUGGAGUGGCCGACCACCUCCGAGCACAGCUCCCGGCCUCCUUUGCCAAGCCCGAAAAGAAGGAGAAGAGCACGCCGGGCCAACCCGUUCCCCCGGGCAUAACGAACCGAGAAACCCGCUUCCUCGCCCUCGACAAGUGCCUCCCUGGACGCCACUUUCUCCAGCUCUGUGAAGUCCACCCCCAUGACCCUGCCGAGUCCGCAAAGCACCCACCCUCUUCCGAGUCGCCCCGCUAUCGCCUCCAGUACGAUCCAGAAUGGCUCGCCAUAACGCGCGUCUUCUCCAAAGAUCUCAUAAUCGGCGACGCAGCCGCCUCCUACCCCCCAGACCUAGGCGAAGCCCACUACGCACCCCUCAUCGACGCCGAGCUCGCAUGGGUCAACGAAAACAUCGUCGCGAAGGACAAGCUCGACGUACCCGACAAUUUCGUUAUCACGGCGCCCCCGCACGAGGAGUGGCAGCCCCAUGCGGUUCCGGAGCAGGCGGACGAGUAUACGAAUCCGCAGACGGCGGCGUUUUGCGAGCUGAUCGAGGUGCCGAAUUUGUGGGAUGCGAGUGAGGUGGAGAGGGAGCAGAGGAGGAUGGAGGGGCCGGCGCAGACGCAGUGGAGGGGUGGACGGGGUGGGAGAGGUGGUGGUGGCGGCGGCGGCGGCGGCGGUAGGUUUGAUCGUGGGAGAGGUGGAAGAGGAGGACGACGGGGUGGAGGUGGAUGGGGCCGAGGGAGGGGUGGUGGAAGAGGUGGUGGAUGGGGAGGGGGCGGAUAUUGA